UACAAAGUGCUUGGGCAAAUCCAUAGCGAUUAUAGGUAAUAAUAAAAAAGUUUCUGAAUCAGCUGUCUUGACUUACUACGAUUUCUCGAACAUUGUUGGACACGACUUAAUAAAUAGCUUUGAAAAUCGUGAUCAAAACUUGCCACAGCAGAAUUUGACACCUCCGAUGGAUGUUUUAUUUAAGUUAUGGCUAAGAUUCAAUACUAAUCAAACCAGUUGAAAUCAGUUGAAGUCGAAAACUCAUAUUGUAAGUGUUUUAAGUGCGUGGCGCUCUUAAGUUAGUGGGACGAAGUUACUAAAAAUGAAGUUUAUAGUUGCGACAAUAUUCACGGCACAACAAAGUUUUCUUCCUUGUUUAUACUCCGAAAUAAAGGUAAUUAUUUCAAUUAUUAUAUCGUGUGAAUAUUUUUAUUAUUAACUAACGACUGAAUGUUGUAAAAGUGAUCUUAAAGUAGAAUAAUAUGCCUAAUCCUAUUAUUGCAGAAAUGGCAAACAGACCUACACUACACCAAAUUGAAGCCCUUGUGGAGUUUCUGGAGCAAAAUCAAGGAAUAGCUCGAGGCCUUCUGCGAACGCAGCAGGCCAAAGUGGAAACAAAAAGGAAGUGGCAGGAGUUUGCGGUUACCACAAAUGCCAUGGGCGGGGUGAUCAAAAAUGGGCAGGCUUGGGCUAAGUAUUGGGCGGAAAAGAAGUCUGCCUUGAAGAAGCUGUGCCAACAACGGGCUCAGUCCAUGAGGCGCACUGGGGGUGGCUUAGAUAUGGUGCCAGAGCUGUCACUGGCAGUCAUGGGUGGUGAUUCAUUUGCCACAGGUACCAUAGGAAUAGCUGUAGACCCCUUUCCGCAAAGUAAUUCUAGCCCCUCGAUAUUAAUAGACCUGCCAUCCACAUCUCAGGCUGCUGCUGAAACCCUGGAAAAAGAAAUUCAAAAUCCACAUUCCCCUGUGGAGGCAGGGCUACAGGUAGAACAAAGCGAGCAGCAAGGCGACACAAGUUUUGUCCUUCCGUCCGAAAGUUGCCGCGUGCCACGACUCGGUCAACAAAGCCGUCAUAACCGCCGAGUUUCUUUUGUGGACUCACAAGUUCGGCGCUUUGAAGAGAUCGAGUCGAGGCGUGUUGAAGCAGAGAUGCUGAAUGCGCAGGCACAAGUGCAGACAGCACAAGCCUUGGCCCAACUUGCUGCUGCUGUGUCCGAUACAGGACAGACAGGACAGAUAGGUCUCGCCACUGCUUUAAGCCCCGGAUACACUAGGGAACAUUUUGUCCCGCAACAUGACGCGCAACACAAAAUAUACGUGACGCUGCAACGUUGCAUAGUGUCCCGCAACAUGACCCACAACAUUGUACGUGACGCGGGGCAUGUUGCUUGCUCCCGCCUCGUGAGCGAGCGCAUGUGUCCCGCGUCAGUGUUGCGGCAUUUGUCACCGAGUAUAGUCGCGUACGCAACGUGCCUUUAA